AGCUGUCUUUCGUGUAAAAGUACGUGAAAACAAUCGUCAUACAUGUGGAAAGUUUAUUUGUCUAUAAUCAUGGAGCGUAACCUACAGUUUGUCUAACACAUAUUUGUUUCUCUUUCUAAAGUUAUCAGUGAGUAGCUUGGUAGUAGCAGCGAGUUUGGAAAGAGUGAGUUGCUGUUUUCUAGUGGAGCCGCGGUUGUUUCAGCCCCGGAGUAGCAGGAGCGAAGCGAAGAUAGUCGCUGGCAGAUCACUGAUGUUGUUUUGAAUAUGCUCAAUUUUGUCAAAUGUUAUUCUGAAAAAACCUCGGAUCCAUGGUGAAGAGAAAGAAGAUAUCAUCUGUUCCCGAAGAGCAUGAAAAUGGGAUGACAGUGAAGCAGGGGGGAGGCAGCGGGGAUGAAGGGGUGAAGAAAUUGAGCCGAAAGCUUGAAGGUUGCGAGGAAGAGGAGAGCGGAGAGCAGGGGAGCGAGGAUCGUAGUACAAAGAGAGAUGGAGAGGAAAUUCCUAAUCCAACACCCACGGGUCCGUCCAGUUCGGCACCGAUACUUUCCACCUCUACCCCGAGCCUGCAUGCACCUUGCUCAGAGCCACAACCGCAGACCUCGUCCACCUCCGUGCCACAAAGCCAAGACCAGCAUCAUUUCCUAAGGUCCAGCGUACGACCUCCUAGCAAACGGCUGCGGAAGGAUGCCAUUGCUGCGGCGACCAAUGGUCACAGCGGUGCUAAGGGGAAAGGGGCUGAGAAUGGGGCCUCUGUGUCCGUCAGCUGUGCUCAGUCUGGUGUCCCGGUGGGCUCAGCCAGCGGGGCCUCAAAAUCGGCCCCUCGGAACCUGGGGCCCUCCGAUAAGGAGGAGGCGGGCGGCAGUCAGAAGAAGGUGCGGAGGCAGUGGGAGUCAUGGAGCACGGAGGACAAGAACACCUUCUUUGAGGGGCUCUAUGAGCACGGUAAGGACUUUGAAGCCAUCCAGAACAACAUUGCACUAAAGUAUAAGAAGAAGGGGAAGCCGGCCAGCAUGGUGAAGAACAAAGAACAGGUGCGGCACUUCUACUAUCGCACCUGGCACAAGAUCUCCAAGUACAUUGACUUCAGCAACGUCUACUCCAGAGUGCUGAAGAAGUCCUCGCAGGAGCUCUAUGGACUGAUCUGCUUCGCGGAGCUGAGGAAGAAGGUCGGCGGCUUAAUGGAUGACAAGAACGCUGCCAAGCUCAACGAACUCAUUCAACACGGGGCCACCACGGUGCGGUCCAAGGGCAGGAACCUGAGGAUAAAGGCGCCCAUGUGUCGAGCGCUGAAAAAGCUGUGCGAUCCUGACGGUGUGAGCGAUGAGGAGGACCAGAAGCCCGUGCGCCUGCCCCUCAAAGUGCCCGUGGAACUGCAGCCUCGCAGCAACCACUCCUGGACCAGGGUCCAGAGUUUGGCCCACAACCCUCGGCUCCGCAUGGUGGUGGAGCUCCACAGAAAGGUUUCCAGCCUGAUCGAAUUCCUGAAGCAGAAGUGGACUGUCCAAGACCACCGCAUUCGGAAGAGCCUGGAGGAGCAGGAAGCUCUGCAGGGUCAGGAGAAGCCCCGCUGGGGCGAGGAGCGUGAGGAACUCUUCCUGUACCCGGCGGAGAGCAGCACGCUGACGCCCCUGCCUGGCGUGGCCCGCGUCGUGCACUCCAAAGCCUUCUGCACCGUCCACUGGCUGGAGAGCGGGAAGUGCCGCCCCAGCGCCAAGGACCUCCCCCCCGCGGCUCAGAUACUGGGCAUCCAGGCAGCCCCGCGAGGGCCCGGGAGACAGAGCCGCGCAGGAGGCGGGGAGACGCGGCGAGGGGAGGGGCCGGCGGCGGAAGGGGCGGAAGAUGCUGUUGCAGGGGGAGCCGAUGAUAAAAAUAAGAGCUCCUCAUCCCCUUCUCAGAACACUCCUCCCGUUCUACCGCCCGCUGUUCCUCCAGGACCGGGACCAGCGGACUCGGAUCCCCCCCGACCGGAGGGGCAGAGCGGCUUGGGUGAAGGAGUGGGCCUCAGGGGUUCAGGAGGGGACCUGGCCGUGAGAGACUCGCAAGAGAAGGACCCCGGGCUCCAGGUGAAGGGGGCCCUGUCUACUGAGCACUGCCUCUCGCCUAAAAAAGAUCCGCCCACUUCCCUCAGGGCGCUUGGCUCACCCGCUCCCUGUGGAGAGGAGAGGACUUCAGGGGUGUACCUGUCUCCGGAGAGACCUACAGCCCCGACAGAGACCCUGCCUCCACACCUACCGGCGGAGGGGUGCACUAAAGAAGACGGGACCCCAGAGCCAGGCGGCCCUGACCCGCCCCGCGGGAGGGCGGGAAGCGGGGCUGCUGGGAAGGAGGAGUCCGGCGGGGGAGCGGCGGCGGGCGGCCGGCCGCCCCAGCAGAUCCGGGAGGAAGGCUGGAGCGUGCACAGCGCGGAGAACGUCACCCUGGCCGAGCUCUACCUCAUGCUGGGGAAGCCGGGGAAGCUGCAGCUGGAGUACGAGUGGCAGCCCGUGUCCUGGGAGGAUGGCCGGCCCCAGCCCUGCCCCCGGCCCCACCCCGCCACCCACCGCGUGCUGCGCUGCCUGCUGAGGCUCGUCUCCUCGGAGGUCAACCCCAAACCGGUUCCAGAGCUGUGCUCCAUCGCCACGUCCCCACUGAAGCCUCCCUCGGAAGAGCAGUCCCUCACCCCCCCGGGGAAGACCCUCACGCUGGGGGUGCGCAGUCCCAGCUGUGGCCGGCACCAGGCCUCCCUGCGGGGCGCUAAGCUGCUCUCGCCCAGCGCCGGCUCCUCAGGUGCCCGUAACCUCCCGCGGUCCCUGCUGGUCCCGACAGGGGACGCGGACAGCGGCAUCUUCGCCAUCCCCACCACGCUGCCCCCCAACAGUCGCCACGGCAAGAUGUUCUCCCCAAACAAGGAGGCGGAGCUGGCCUUCCGCCAGCAGCUGGACUCCAUCAGUAUGCAGUCGGACAUUUUCCUCCCCAAACAGAGGAAGUUUAGAAGUCGUCACCUGCGCAAGCCACUUGUGGUACAGAGAACCCUGCUGCCCCGGACCACAGGGGACACCCCUCAGCACGUGUGCUCCUUCUCCAUCCUCUCCAACUCUUCUGCUGCAGGCACGGGCUCCUUCCGGCCAAUCCAGCCCUCCCUGCCCUCCGCCUCCCGUCCCCUGCUCCCCAAAACCACACUGCUCAGCUCCACCCCUUCCAACCAGCUCUCCAGUACGAUUGAUUUGGCGGCCAAGUCUGCGGGCAUCAUUCCGGGCAGCCCCUGUCGGGACCUGCAGGGGCCCGCAGUGGAAAGCCCCCUCCUGACCGCGGAGACUGUUAGUGCAGAUUCAGGGGGGGACCGUCUCCAUCAGGACCCUGUGCCCAUCGAAUCCACAGAGGUCACACUAAGAAAUGGAGUCCCACCCCCAUCUCCGUCGGGGGACACCGACUCGCUCCUGUCCCCUCCCAGCGUGGCGUCUCUCUUGGACAUCUCGCUCCCGGGCCCUCCAGAGGAGGUGUUGUCCCAGGGCGAACCGGCCACCCACAUCAGCGACUCCAUCAUCGAGCUGGCCAUCAACUCCGCCCACUACGGUGACACACCCUCCCUGUCCCCCGCCAAACUGAACGGCAUCGACGGCUCCAAGAACCUCCCCUCCCCCGUGAGCAGCCCGCCCAGGAACUGGAUUGCCUCGCCCACUCACGACCCUCAGUGGUACCCCAGCGACUCCACCGACUCCUCACUGGGCUGCCUGCUUUCGAGUCUGAUCUCCCCGGAGAAGGAGCGGAAGAUGCUGCUCACCCCCUCGGGCCCCUCCAGCGGGACGUCCCUGCUGGGCCCCAGCCUGCUGGACAGCAACUCCCACGACUCCUUCCACUCCCGAGGCCUGGCCGACGUAGGAGAGGUGGACUCCCAGCUUGCCUGCAUGAUGAACGAGAGCAGCGUGGACUACAUCGCCCGCUUCAACGACCUGGCGCAGGAGCUGUCCGUCAGCGAGCCGCCCCUGCCGCCGCCCAAUCACGAGGGCACCGGCUGAGGGAGGGGCACGUGGGCGCGGGGAGGGGGGGUUUACAGAGAGCUUCCACUCCCUCCCAAAGGAAAGACGGAAGACUGUGGCUCCUCCUGUUUGCAGCGAAGUCAGCAGAGGAUAUGCAACAGGAAAGGCUAACGACUGAGAAUGUGCAAUAGAGACAGGCCCUGCGGCCGGGGGCCAGCAGGGAGCAGCAGUCUGCCAGCUGUGUGGAGACUCAGGCUGGUGCGGACGCCCUUGGUUCCGAUUUGUGAUUUCCACUGCUCUGCCCAGCGCUUGCACAGGUGCUGGGGGCUCCACCAGACGUAUCUGUGUUCCCAGGAUUCAAAGUGAAGCUCUGACUGUCAUCCAGCUUAGAGUCUACAGCAACCCCUCUCUGGAAAACACUUCAGUCUUUUUUUUUUUUCCCUUGAACCUGAACUGAACAUUGUUUACAAGACAAAAGUACAGCUCUACCAUCUCUCUCUGCAUCCUUAUAUUUUUUUAAAACAAUUUCCACUCCUCCUCACAUCUGGCAUAUACUAAUAGGGCAACAUAUUUAUUAUUUUUUGCAAUUUCUUAAAGAAAAUGGUACCCCCUCAUACCCUACAUCUGGAAGAAGGGGCAACAUGUCCGUGCUGUCAAGCUUCAGCGGUGAACAGACGCUGAUGCUUGGACCUGUCAGCUAUGUCAUAUGCAGAUUAUAACACAAAGGUUAAAGGUUAUUUGCCUCAUACUUGUGUAAGUCCUUCCUGCAAAGCAAGUCUCAAGAGAAACUUUGGUACACAAAUAUUCAUAUUGAAUUUUAAAGGAUUUUUUUGUAAUUAUACCUUACAUACAAUUCAGGGCAAUUGUUUUUGAUACAGUGAUCUGUAAUAUAGCUUAAGCUUCCAGUGGGAAAAACGGAUGCCCUCUCCUGUGGUGACAGUUUGAAGAGCAGAUCCACGAACAAAAAACUGCAAGUGAUGUCAGACGAGCCUGGAAAGCUAAAUAGGAGUUUUACUCUUGAAUCAGUUCCAGGGUACCUGUAGAGUAGAACUCUAGGAACUCAGCUUUUUUUCCCUCAAACUAAUUUCUUUCUCAGGCACUGAAGACCAUAGCACUAAUGCAGGAGCUGGUCACUUUUGUUUUUUUUGUGCUUUUCCCCCCCAUCUGUGAAUAAUUUGGUAAAUUUGUGGACUGAUGCAUACACAUUUGCAUUUAUUAAGACAAUGUGCUAACUGAAAAGCCAUAAGAGAAUAACUCAUUUGAAUUUAUACCUAUGCCAGGAUUUUGUGCAUUUUUUACUCCUUUGAUAUUUUUCCCCCCCUCAAGAUGUCUAAUAAGAAUAUAGCCUGGAGCCCAUGUGGCCAUUUCCAACAAAGGACAGGUUGGAGAAAGGGUCAUUUGUGCAGAAGCCCUAAAAUGGAGUUAAAAUGGAGAAACAAGGUGAAUCUAGUGUGAAUGACAGUACUCCAUUUUAUUAUUUUUAAUAAGAGCCCUCUUGAUUCCACAUAAGCAGCUUAUCACCUAUUUUAUUGAGAAUUGUAGCAUUUUGAAAACGCCUCCCCUACACACGCAUACAUACGUAAUAUACACUAAAGAUCAUGCCAUUGUUUAUUACACAUGUGCCACAAGAGUGCCAUAUUUUCAACAACUCAUGUACAGAUGUACAUUUGCUAUUGAUUUCUUCAAUAUUUCUCAUUCCACAACCAGCCAGGUGGCAGCCUCCAGUUUUAAUCUGAAAGAUGUGGCAGUGCACCUUUGGAAAGUGUAUAUAACACUAAUUUGUGACAGGUCUUUUUUGGUAGGUUAAUUUGACUUGGGUAUACUAAUAAUGUGUGUGAACUGAGGGAAACGUGGCCCUUCAAUAGGGUGAAAUAACUACAGAACUUGAUUGGCCCAGAUGCAACACUUUCACAACACUCCUCACCUGCUAGUGCUGCUAUACUUCUAUUAACCACGCUCAAAGUAAAGGUAACAUUUUAACAAGUUUUGAACAAGGUGCAGAUUUUAUGGAGGCAUAGACAGAUGUACAAACAUGGACAUUGAAUGCAUUUGUUAAUUGGAAAAAUGAUGCUAUUUUCAGCUUGCAUUAUAACAAGGGUUAGGUGCAUUUUGUAUGACUAAAAUGAUGUUUUCGGCUGGUGUCAACAUAGCUGUAUUGCCUUUACCUCAGAAUUCACACCCUCUGAUCAUUUGUACAAUAGAAUGUUUUUUUUUUCCUUCAAACAGAAGAACACGAAGCGAAAACAUUGAAUAUAAGAAAGCAUUUUGGGGAUCCUCUUGAUUUGAUGUG